AUGGCAGUUUUGAGAGGAAUGGGUUUUAAAGAAGAUAUUGGUAUUGGACUUACAAACAAGAAAGCUGUGGCAACAAUUGAACUACAAUCGCGACCACGUGGACUGGGUCUCGGUGCUGAUCGAAAAAUUUUGGAAAAAAUAAAUCAACUGAAAAAAAAUCAGAAAAAAGAUGCUAAUAAUAAUUCAGAUGAAAAAGAACUAUGUUAUGAAAAUGGUGCAUGUGUACUAAUUGAAAAAGGCCGAUAUUGUGAUUUAUAUGGUAAAAUUCAAUCGAUCGAUGAAGAUUUGGCGAGAAUUACUGUUGUAUUAGCUAUUGGAAAAAAAGAUCAAACGCCUAUUUCAUUAUCACAAUACAAUGUUAAAUUAGUGACAGAAAAAGAGUACAUCAAGUACAGUAAAUAUGUCAAUAAAACGAUAGCGACUAAACUUGAAAAGGAAUCAAACGAACAAAUGAUGGAAAAUUAUACAAAAAAUGGUAGCGAUUCGCGGCGGCAUCGUGACAAAAGUGAAGAUAAACCAGAACAUCGAAAACAUGAUGAUCACAGUGAUGAAGAACGACAUCACCGACACCAUCAUCAUCAUCAUCAUCACAAAAGUCAUCGACACCAUCGCCAUAAAUAA